AUGAACCAGUACUGUAGCAAGGAGCAGCACCAGCAGCAGCACCAGCACCAGCAGCCCAGAGGCGAGGGUGCAGGCUAUCCGGCGGCUCCUGGAACGCUACCAGAUCAGGGCGAAUACCUACAGCCCCUCCAGCCCUGUGCCGCGCCCCCCCGGCCCCCCGCCCUCAGCCCCCCCAGGCCUGGACGCCAUGGAGGAGGAUGCUGGGAGAUCCUCGAGGACGUGGUUGACUGCUUGCACCACUUGGAGAGGCAGGAGCGGGCGGUGGCAGCGGCAGCGGCGGUCGGGACAAACAACAACAACAGUACUAGUAACACCGAUGACCCAAGGAGCAGCAGAACGACGCAACACCAGCGGCUGACAGACCUCCGCCUCCUGGUACAGCUGACCCUCAAGCUGCUCUACAUCCUGCUCAGCUUCCUCUACAACCCCCGGAGGCUGUAUGAGGAGCGGCCCAUCUCGCGGCUCCCCAACCCCUUCCGCGAGGACGAGGCGGCAGGUCUAGGGAGUGGGGGGGUGGGCGAGGGGGGGCCAGGGCUAGACCUGCCUCCCCCGGCGGGUGAUCAUGAGCCCCGUGUGCCGGGGCUGACCACCUCGCUGGAGACGGUGCGGCGGGCCAUCGAGGCGCUGCGCCACGACGUGGUGGGCGGCACUGGCCCCGCCCCGGACCCCCCCGCCUCCUCUGGCUCUGGCACUGCCUCCACCGCCACCCCAGAGCCCCGCAGCUCGGCCACCAACCUGCCCCGGCGCCUCAACGACUUCCUGAGGAACCUGGCGGCGCGGCAGCACCAGCAGCAGGAGCGUGGGGCAGGGGAGGGCGGGGCACGGGGCGGGGGCCUGCUGCCCCGCAGUGGCUCCCCGUGGCCUCAGCUGGUCAUCCCGCGCAUCACCCUCAGCGACCCCAGUGGCAGCGAGAGCCAGGUGGAGGAGGAGCAGGGCUCAGCACCCCCCGGCCCCGGCCCCGGCUCAGGCCCCACCUCACGCUCUGGCCCCAGCCUGGCGCGCCGGGACCAGGGGGAGUUCAGCACCCGCUCGGUGUCUGGGGUGCCCCUCAGGCUGCUGGGGCGGCAAUACGCCGUGGACCGCCGCAGCCCCGACUCAGAGGACUCAUCCGGCCCGCUGGACGGGGCGGGUGACGGCCCCGGCCAGCCCCCGGAGCCCUUCUUCCCCUGGCGGGAGCACCUGGCGCCUUUCGACAUGGGGCUGUCCCAGGGCCCCGAGUCGGCCAUGUUGUUCCGCAACAACCUGCCCCGCGCCCCGCCCGACCGGGGGGCCGAGCGGGAGGCCGACAGUAUCUUCAGCCGCCCCUACUUCACCCCACACCUCAGCUCCUGUCGGGGCAUGUCCACGCUGGGCAUCACGCAGCGCAUCCAGGCUUGGGACUUCACCCGCUGCCGCAUCCCAGACAUCUCGGACGGUGUGGCUAAUGUGGUGGUGCGGAAGUGCAGGAUCCACAACGACGCGAGUGUGGACAUAUCCUCCGACGGCACCAUGCUGGCGGCCCUCAUCCCCGAGAGCCAGGCGAUGACCAUGGUUGGUCGAUGGGCGGUGAGACUGCCAGCUCCAGGGUGAAGAAAGGGAAGAGCGUAAAAAUACACCCUUGUGACAUAAACACGCCACCUGUCCGCUUGUCAAAACCCCAUCGUAGUUGCUGGAAAUGGAAAAGAAUGCUGCUAUCCAGUUUAAAAUGUUGCCCCUGAUGUUAUAACUUUUUUCUCAAUUAAUCUCCUGUGUGGAACUUUAUCAAAUGCUU